CUCUUCCGUCCUCGUACCCUCAUACCACCAACCCCUCAACCUUCUUCAUCAUGGUGAAUAUCACAAAGGAUUCAUGAGCGAGCAGCCCACCUCGCGGCGGCACAGCUAGCAAUGGCAGUGGUGGCAGCGCCGAAGUCGAGGGCGCAUUGACUCUGGAAGUCUAGGGAGGAGGAGGAGGUCCUCGAAACUCCUCGUCCUCGUCCUCGUCCUUAUUGUCAACCUCAGCGCAUCGUCGUUACUGGGGGGCGGCUGGGGCGCUACUAUCGAACUCCCUGAAGCCAUCACUCUGUUGAUGUGCGUGCAGGUAUUUUGAUCGCAUCGUCUCAGCCGCCCUCGAGGAAUCGGAGACGAAGAGGCGCUGCUGCCACCCGCUGCAUGCUACACCUCCUUUCGCUCCGUAGAACGUUGUCGCUGAUUUGUAUCGGUCUCUUUGGUCCCUCUCUCUCACAGCCCAAGCAAAUCACCGACAUCAAGUCGUUCCUCGAGAUCGCCCGCAGGAAGGACGCCACCUCCGCCCGCGUCAAGAAGACGCCCAAGAAGGUCGGCUCCGGCUACGUGACCAAGUUCAAGGUCCGUUGCUCCCGCUACCUCUACACCCUCGUCGUCGACGACGCCGAGAAGGCAGCUAAGCUCCAGCAGUCGCUUCCUCCUACUCUUAACGUCACCGUCCUUGACGCUAAGAAGAAGACGAGCAAGAAGUAAGCGCGCCCGAAUCGAUUUCGAUCUUGGCGGCUGCCAUUUUCGCGUUUCGUUCUCUGUACUACAACCCACACUUCGUUGCGCUUCGGCCAACGAUCUUCUCGUCAUCAUGGCGCUCCGCCGGGCUCAC